AUGAGUCGACUUUCUAUUGACGUAGGUUUUUAAAUUUGUCAUAGUGAUAUUAUUUUAAACUUUUCUAAUCAAUGUCUUGGUAUUAUCAUCAUUUUGUCUCGUGUAUUUUAAGAAACAUACUUUUAGGUAUGGAGACUUGUGUUAGAGUAUGUGGAAUCAAUGGAAGCACUCUGUUCCUUGGCUUUGGUCAACAAAAGCUUUUAUAAGUUGAUUAACAUUGAUUUUCGCAAAGUUUGCAUUGAAAAUACAGUAUUCCGGCUGGAAAAUGAAUGUUGGGCAGAAGCUUUUUUCCUGUAAGUUAACUCUAAUUUACUAUAUCUUUUUCAAGGCUUAUCCCAAGUCUUAGCUCGAAUUAUGCUCUUCGCCUUAUCUCUAGCCUUAUCUCUAGCCUUAUACCUAGCUUUAGCCGUAGUCUUAACAUUAGUUCUAGAUUUAGCCUUUGCCUUCUAGCUUUAGCCGCUUCAAGCAUAGCGUUAACCAGACUGCCCUACCACUUUUUCCCUUACCCAAUGCUUCUUUUGUUAUCUUUACUAGGUUUCUUAUUGUAAGUAAUGUACUGUAUUUUAGCGCUCCACGCCGCCUCUUCACUAUUCCCGACUUUGAACCUUAUUGUGAUGAAUAUGGCGGAAGAUAUACAGAGUUAUCAUUCAUAAACGAAAAGCAUUCCGUUUCAUGUCCUUACUCUGGCAAGAUGGCUUUCGUCGUACUCGACAGACUAGUACUUAUCACCAAUAUUGACCUUGGUCUCAACGAGUUCAAACUGGUAGACUUUAGAGAAGGUUUCUACCAAAUAUGCACCAAGUGUGCUACUAGUAAUCCACACAACUUUAAUGUAGAUGAUAAGAUAAUCAACAAAGUGCAGUUGAUUAAUCGUGGCACACAGUUGAUUGUAGUAAAACAGAUCUUAGGCAAAUACGACCACAAGGUCUUGAUAUACGACUUCAAGCUUGAUCAAGUGAUAAGAGAAUACAGUGGUAGUAAGUUGAAUGAUUAUCGUAUCUACGACUGUGCUCAAUUCACUGAUCUUUACACGCAAUUAAACUACUUUCACUAUGAAGGGGUUUUGACCUACAACCCUAGACAUAUACAAUCAUAUGACUACAGGAGACAUAUCGUAUUUAUGAACGAUUACAAUGAGGUAAUAUUGUAUGAUGACAAAACUCGAUAUAAGUGUUUGAUGAAAGGAAAAGCCUACAAAUAUGUUUACAUGUUGCUCAAGGAUGAGUUUGUCAUAUUACAAGGUAAGCCACUCUAAUAGUAAACAUAAUAAAAACUGUACAAUAUAUAGCUAAACAUAUCGUCUUUGGACUCUUAGAAGGCCUUUACAUCAAAAUUAAUAAUACAUUUAUAGGUGAAGAUUCAGGAAUUUUAAUUUAUGAUACCAAGAAGGAAAAGACAGUGCUAGAAAAAGAUAGCAAAGAGAAGUGGUCUAUAUUCACAUUGUUUGAAAAUAUUUAUAAUGAAAGUACUGGGGAGGUAAGUGAAAAAGUUAAAUUUAUAUUUGGCAAGAGGGAGAGAAGAGAAAAAGAAAGGAUUUAGGCAUUCCAUUAUCACAAACAUCAAAAAAUUUUUAUUUAUUUUUUGUUGUCUAUAAGUUGCCCUUCCUCUACUAACACAAGUUUAUCUAGCCCCAGAUUUCUCCCCGGGUCGGACCAACUGCGAAAAUCCGGAAUUUCGUUUCCCCGCGUUUUUUUUUCUACCGGUCGGAUCGAUCUGAAACUUUUUUCUACCCCCCCCCCCCUCCCCCCCUCCCUAGAAAAAAAAAUUUCGAAAAAAGUUGAACGUGGUCUCCCCUGUGGAUUUUUGAAAAAAAAAUUCGACCCCCGCCCACGGACUAAAAGUCCCCACCCGGCACUGGCUGACUAUUCUAGAUGCUGUUAAUUUUUUGAUAUCUCUUUUCGAGAUAUGAGUUUGGCGGAAAAAAUUAAUUCAAAAAUUUGGACCGUCCGGACAGGACCCAACAAGCAAAACACUGUCAAGCCCUAGCUUUAGCUCCAGCCCUAUUUCGAGGGAAAUUAUUUGUAGUUAUUGUAACUUUUUUUAUACUUUCAGAUUUUAAGAUACAAUAAAAAGUCAAGCAACUGGAAAAAUGUUGGAAAAUGCCCUUAUAAGUUCCCUGCAUAUGAGAAUUAUCAACUAAGUUAUCAAAAACGUCCUCCACCGCAUUCACAAAGUAAGAAAAACUAAUUUAAAGUGACUUAUUCAGUAAGGUGACCUAUUCAGUGAGGUGACCUAUUCAGUGAGGUGACCUGGUCAGUGAGGUGACCUAUUCAGUGAGGUGACCUAUUCAGUGAGAUGACCUAUUCAGUGAGGUGAUCUAUUCAGUGGGGUGACCUAUUCAGUAAAGUGACCUAUUCAGUGAGGUGAGCUAUUCAGUGAGGUGACCUAUUCAGUUGGGUGACCUAUUCAGUUGGGUGACCUAUUCAGUGAGAUGACCUAUUUGGUUGGGUGACCUAUUCAGCUGGGUGAUGUUUAGAAGUAUGGUGCUUAGAAAAAUGGCCAGUUUUUAGGGAUGGUAAAAGCUACAUCUCACACACAAUAUUUUUUAGAUUUGAAUUACGUUCGCUACACAGAACGUGAAAUUCGAUUGGCGUAUUUUGAUUGGAAUACCAAAAGUAAGUUCAACUUAAAACUUUAUAUUUUAAAAAGCACCUUUUCUGUAGUCUUUUUGUAAUUUAUAUUAUAAUAAGGGGUUAACCAGUGUUUUGCCGGACCGGGUCCGGUCCGGAUUUUCAAAAAUUGCAAAAUUGAAAACAACUUUUGAACUCAUCAUUUGAACUUUUAAAAAAUAAAUAAUUUUUGUAAAGGUCCGUCUCAUACAAGUUCCUCGCUAAACAUUUGGACCGGCCGGACCGAAUUGGUCUUGCCGGCCCGGGUGGUCCAUUUCGGUAAUAACUUGAUAGCCAAAGACGGACCUUCACAAAAGUUAUUUAUUUUUUAAAACUUCAAACCAUAAACUAAAAAGUUAUUUUCAAUUUUGCAAUUUUUGAAAAUCCGGACCGGACCGGUCCGGCAAAACACUGAAGUUAACUAUCUCGUUUUGCUUUUCUUAGUUGGGUUUUAAUUCGCUCUAUCUUACCCUAGGCUUAUUAUUAUAAUAGCUUUAUCUUGGUGUCUAACGUUGGGUUCAGUUCAAAGACUUAGUCCAGAGCCCUAGUUCAUAGCCCUAGUCCAGAGACCUAGUCCAGAGUCCUAGUCCAGAGCCUUAAUUCUAGCCCUAGCUCUGCCCCUAGUUUUAGCUCUGACUCUAGGCCUAGCGCCGCGCAAGUCCUAGCGCAAGCCCUAGUUUUAACCCCUGCCCUACUUUUCAUCCUAGCCCAUUCUCUCUGUGAAAUGACAUCUUUUUGACCAAAAAACCUAUCUCUAUUGAUGCUCUGGACCUUUUUCAGGAAAUUUCACAAAACUCUUUGGAAAAUUUGAGAAGACUGAUCCCAUGUCUGACAUAUACUCCAUUGGCAAGGUUUCUUCGCUUUCUUCUGAUUCGGAAAGAAUGGCGUUUAAAGACAUUGAACAACACGUCUACAAGGAAUUCAAGGAGAACCUAGUUCAACUGUAUGACAUUGAAAGUCAGUACAAAGCAAAAAUAAAAAGGAAAGCUGAUUCUAGUCCAUAA